CAAUCAAUCGCCAGAAUGGCAUCUGGAGGCCCAGAGAGCGAAACCCCCGUGCCCACCACCGAGAAGGCGGACCCGGGCACAGAUGGCGCGCCAUCGACAGUCACAGAGGCCGAACUGGAAGCCAUGGGCGAAGUGCUCGCCCAUGUGUAUCAAUACAGAACUGAAGAUGGCUACGAUCCCACGAAACUCUUCCAGCGAAAAGUCAACAAGCGAUCGCUGCCCGAUUACUACGAGGUCAUCAAAGAGCCAAUGGCCCUGAGCGAAAUCAAACGCAAGGUUGCCUCGCAGGAAUACAAGUCGUUCGCUGAAUUCGUGCGCGACUUCGCCCUCAUCCCGCACAAUGCGCAGGUCUACAACCGACAGGAUUCGCAGGCGUACGUGGAUGCCGUCGAUGUAAAGAAGGUGUUGGAGGACGAAUUGAAAAAACUGGUUGAGAAAAAUACCAUCACUGAAGAAGUCGCGACACUGCCUUAUUUAGGGGAAAUUCCUGAACAAGAAGAGCGCGACGAUGAAGACGAAGAAGAGGAAGAGGACGACGAGGAUGAAGAAAUGGAGGAGGAAUUGGACGAAGAAGGCGACGAGGACGAAGAUGGCGCCAAACCUCGAAGGAGGGGUGCGCCCCGUUCCAGAGCUGCCGGCAAACGCGAUGCAGGGUCUAAGAAAGAUGAUGGUAAAGAUGACCCAGAGUCCAGGAAGAAAAGGGGACGUCCCCCACGCGUCGAUACACCCAUGGAAGCCAGGAUUAAAGCCAUCAUGAAAGCGAUCAGGAAGCCCCGAAACGACGCCAACAAGCUCAUGGUCGCCGCCUUCGAGCGCGUCCCUGACAAGUCGGUCAUGCCCGAGUACCAUGCUGAGAUUAAGAGUCCCAUGGCCAUGGACAUACUGAAGCGGAAAUUGAAACGUAAAAAGUACAAUUCCGUUGAUCAUUUCAUGGUAGAUGUAGAGCUCAUGUUCGAAAAUGCCAAGAAGUACAACGAAGAGGAUAGUCAAAUAUACAAGGACGCUUUACAUCUGCAAGAGGAGGCCCGCAAAACCGCAAAGCUCGAAAAAGAAAAGGAUGACUCCGAGUUCGUGAUGGAAGAAGGUCGCAUUCCAAUGCCUAAUGGGAUACUCCACAAUGGCGAGCUGUGGAAAGUGGGAGAUUGGGUACACAUUCAGAAUGCCAACGACCUCACAAAACCAAUCGUUGCGCAAAUCUACCGGACCUGGCAGGACGCUGAGGGUGGCAAAUGGGUGAAUGCUUGCUGGUACUAUCGACCAGAGCAGACUGUGCAUCGCUUCGAUCGGCAUUUCUUGGAGAACGAAGUCGUCAAAACAGGCCAAUACCGCGACCACCCAAUCGACGAAGUGGUAGAUCGCUGCUUCGUCAUGUUUGUAACAAGAUACAACAAGGGGCGGCCUCGCGAUUUCCCCCCGGACAAAGAGAUCUAUGUGUGCGAGGCUCGGUACAACGAGGAAAACCACAAACUGAACAAGAUCAAAACAUGGGCCAGCUGUUUGCCAGAUGAGGUGCGCGACAAAGACUACGUCAUGGACCUGUUUGACACGCAGAGGAAGCUGAAGAAGGUUCCAAGUCCAAUUGCAUACUUGCUGAAAGACAGCCAAAAGGAGGACGACGAUCUUCCUAAACCAGAAUGGGGGGCUGAAAACGCACCGCCGAAAAUUGGUGCCGUUCAUUGUCGCCCUCGAGACCCAAAGGAUUCUCCACCCCCAGAACCAACACCAUCACCCCCCCCUCCUCCUCCACCAGCGCCAGUUAUGCCUACACCUACGGCUCCCACACCUCAACCCAUCAAUUACAACAGCAAUCCACAAAGCGGUUACCCACUUGCACAGGCGCCUGUUGCUUCACCUAUGCCCGCCCCAACACCUCAACCACAUCACGUACAGGCUGCCUACACCCCAACGCACCAUGCUCACCAACCGCAAUACCACUCUCAAUCUCACUCACAAUCGCCUGCCCCCCACAUGUCCCACCCCCCGAUUGCCCAGCCUGGCGGAUAUCAAACAAUCACUCCGCACAUGUCAUUCGCUACACCGCAGCCACCACAAGCGCAGGCUCCUGUAGCCCAGUAUGCGACUCCUCGAGCCGCUCCGCAGUACCAGCAACCUAUUGUCAACCAACCACCAAUGGGAUACAAAGCCCCGCAGCCGGUCGAAGUAUAUACGCUCAAUGAUCACGCGAACGCAUCUAUCCCAGCGGAAAUUCGCGACCAGUUCCAACAGGACGACCAGGGUCGCGUUCUUUUCUUUACUGCUCCACCAAUCAACAGCUCGCGCAUCGCAGUCAGAGAAGGGAGUGCCCUCGGGCAUUCUGCAAAGUUCCUCGCAGCCAAGGCCAAACGCGAUGCACUCAUCGCCCAGAAGCGGAAAGCCGAAGAAGCGUCCAUUGCGGAACGCGAGGAAGCUGCCAAAAAGGCACGCCUCGAAUCCGAACGGAAGCUACAACAGCAGAUUGACGAGGUCCGCGUCAAAGCGAUCCACGCUUUGGAAGAUCAACUCGCGCUUGCUACAAAGUUUGACUUUGACUCGCUGGUUGGGAGCGAUGACAAGGCAGUCUUGGCUCAGAGCUUGGAUAGGCUGGCGAUUGUGCAAGCGCAAGCUCUAGAGAAGAAAAGGGAGAGGGAGGAGCGGUUGGAGGCGCAGGAAAAGUCGAAGCAGGUUCCGAUUACAGGGAUGACGGCGAGAUUGGAGGACAAGAUAUGA